AUGCCAUGUCCUGAUAUAUUGGCAGCUCUGCCGUCGGACCAGCCAUCGAAGCGAGCAAUCAUCAGCUGGGACGACGCAUACGCCAAGGCAACGACAGCUCUUGCCAAGCUCUCCCUGAGUGACAAGGUCGGUAUCGUCACCGGCACUGGUUGGCAAGCCGGUAACUGCGUCGGAAACACCAAAGCGGCUAGCUCGAUCGGAUAUCCAUCUCUCUGUCUCCAAGACGGCCCUCUUGGAGUGCGCUACAUCAAUGGCGCCACAUCCUUUGCCGCUGGCAUCCACGCUGCAUCAACUUGGGACAUCGACUUGAUUCGCGAACGUGGAACUUUCCUUGGACAAGAAGCAAAACAACUGGGUAUCCAUGUACAACUCGGCCCUGUCGCUGGACCCAUGGGAAAGAUCCCAACAGGUGGACGAAACUGGGAGGGUUUUGGUGCUGAUCCCUAUCUCGUGGGAAUCGCUAUGAGGGAAACGAUCCAAGGAAUGCAGGAAGCUGGAGUGCAAGCUUGUGCAAAGCAUUACAUCGGCAAUGAACAGGAGAAGAAUCGGGAGAGCAUGAGUAGCGCGAUCCCAGAUAGGGUUAUGCAUGAGCUCUAUCUGUGGCCAUUCGCGGACUCGGUGCAGGCCGGUGUGGCAAGUGUUAUGUGUUCCUACAACAAGAUCAAUGGCACAUACGCCUGUGAAAAUGGAGGAAUCAUGAACAAGCUGCUGAAAGAUGAGCUUGGUUUUAAAGGAUAUGUCAUGUCUGAUUGGAACGCUCAGCAUACAACGACUGGAAGUGCCAAUGGAGGACUGGAUAUGACCAUGCCAGGCAGCGACUUCAACAACCCGAAAGGAAACAUUCUUUGGGGAGCAGCGCUUCAGUCCGCUGUAUCAAGCGGUCAAGUUCAACAAUCACGUGUUGAUGACAUGGUCAAGCGCAUCCUAGCAGCCUGGUACUUGGUUGGACAGGACAAAGGCUACCCAACGGCAACCUUUAACUCCUGGAAGAUCGGAAACUAUAACGUUGGCGGCAAUCACAAAGACAAUGUACGGAAGAUGGCACGUGACGGUAUCGUCCUGUUGAAGAACACAGGGAAUGCGCUACCGCUAAAGAAACCUAAGAGCAUCGCCGUGAUUGGAAGUGAUUCGAUUGUAGCACCGAAGGGCGCGAAUGCAUGCGCAGAUCGAGGUUGCAAUGAUGGUACUCUUGCCGUAGGAUGGGGUAGCGGAGCUAUCGAGUUCCCAUACCUCAUCGCACCCCUGGAUGCUAUCAAGACCCAGGCCCAAAAGGACGGUACCACUAUCACGACGUCAACAAACGACAAUGCGCAGCAAGGUGCUUCCGCUGCUCAGAACGCCGAGGUCGCAAUAGUCCACAUCAACUCCGACUCCGGAGAAGGCUACAUUACAGUUGAAGGCAACGCUGGUGACAGAAAAGAUCUCAACCCAUGGCACAACGGGAACGAUCUCGUCAAGGCAGUCGCAGCUGUGAACAAGAAAACUAUUGUUGUCAUCCACAGUGUUGGCCCUCUCAUCCUGGAACCAUACAUCGACAACCCGAACGUUGUUGCUGUUGUUUGGGCUGGAUUGCCAGGUCAAGAGUCAGGCAACGGCCUCGUCGACAUUCUCUACGGCGCUGCUUCCCCCAGCGGCAAGCUGCCAUACACAAUCGCCAAGCAGCCCUCCGACUACGGCACCGCCGUCACAAGCGGCGACGACGCAUCUUGGGACCUCUUCAUCGAUUACCGCAGAUUCGACAAGAACAACAUCACACCCCGCUUCGAAUUCGGCUUUGGUCUCUCCUACACAAACUUCACCUACGACGCCCUCACCGUCACCGGCGCUCCCACAGCGGGCCCCGCCACCGGCGCCAAAGCACCCGGCGGCCCAGCCGAUCUCUUCGAAACCGUCGCCACCGUCACCGCGAAGAUCACUAACAGCGGCGGCGUCGCAGGCGCGGAAGUCCCGCAGCUGUACAUUGGGUAUCCUGCGAGUGCGAACGCGCCGCCGAAGCAGCUCAGGGGCUUCAAUAAGUUGAAUCUGGCGGUUGGAGCGAGCGGCACGGCGACAUUCAAGUUGCGGAGGAGGGAUUUGAGUGUCUGGGAUGGGGGGAGGUGGGUUGUGCCGAGUGGGGAGUUUGGGGUCUUUGUGGGGGCGAGCUCGAGGGAUUUGAGAUUGACGGGAAAAAUUAUUGUUUAGAUGAGGAGUUCAAUGGGAGAGGGAGAAUAUGUGGGCAUCUAUGGAAUGAAUGCUACUGUUGUGGACCAGUUGAGCGUUCAGCUGCCACGCAUUGGCGCUAAUUUGAACCAGGACUAGCUCCUGUCAGCGUCCAUAAAAGUAGUAAUCGUUCAAUCAACACCAACUCGAAGUCACAC